GAGCGAGGCGCGGCGCCGGGCAGGAGGCGGAGGUGGCGGAGGCGGCGGAAGAGGAGACCAUGCCUUUGAGGAAGGCGGCGGCCACUUGACUGGAGCAGCCUCGGCGGCGGCGGCCAAGUAAACAAACAGCCCCCCUACCCCCUCCGAAAAAACCCCCCAAACCAAACCCCAAACUAAACCCACCCCAGAAGCUGGCGGGCACGCAAGGUUGAUGAUGAUCUGUCAAACUGUCUAAAGGAACAGCAUGGAGAUUGGCAUUCUGAACUGUUAAUGGGGACAUGGGACGCGCAUUGUCUUUCAUAAUUUGUGUGGAUUUAACCAGUGAAGAGCAACAGAAGCAGCUAGAAAGACAUCAGGAAUUAAAGCAACUUUGAAGGUCACCAAAUCUUGUUGUUUUAAUUUCUGUCUGGAAGAAUGUCUGAGCAAGGUAAAUUGAACCAGGAGACUGCGGAGGAAGCUGCGAAAGAGCAGGAUUCUGCCAUCUCCGAAGUGACCCCGGAGAACUGCAUCAUUAAUAAAACGGAAAGCUCAGAAGUUGAAGAAAAAGAGGAGAAGCUGAGUGAUGCCAAGACAGAGCUCCAGAAACGAGGUGCAAACCAGAACCAGCAGAAGAAGAGAUCCAAGUCAGGAGCUAAAGGAAAACUGGUCCGGAGCCUUGCUGUGUGCGAGGAGUCUUCCCCUCGCCUGGGAGCAGAAGGUCUUCAUGAUAAUCAGGAAUCAAUACAACUACAGCUUUCAAGUUUCCCCAGCCUACAAGAAGAAGACAAAUCUAGUAAAGAUGAUUCUGAGAAAGACAGAGAGAAAGAGAAGGAUAAAAACAAAGAGAAAGAUAAAACCUGUGAAAAACCCAAGAUCAGAAUGUUAUCAAAAGAUUGCAGCCAAGAAUAUACAGAUUCAACAGGCAUAGAUUUGCAUGAAUUUUUGAUUAACACAUUAAAGAAUAAUCCCAGGGACAGAAUGAUACUCUUGAAAAUGGAACAGGAAAUUAUUGAUUUUAUUAGUGACAACAACAAUCACUACAAAAAGUUCCCUCAGAUGUCUUCAUACCAGAGGAUGUUAGUGCACCGAGUAGCAGCUUAUUUUGGGAUGGAUCACAAUGUGGAUCAAACUGGAAAAUCUGUAAUUAUCAACAAGACCAGCAAUACUAGAAUACCAGAGCAAAGGUUUUCUGAACAUUUAAAAGAUGAAAAAGGUGAAGAAUCCCAGAAGCGAUUUAUCUUGAAGCGAGAUAACUCUAGUAUUGAUAAAGAAGACAAUCAGCAAAACAGAAUUCAUCCAUUUAGAGAUGACAGACGAAGUAAAUCAAUUGAAGAGAGAGAAGAGGAGUAUCAGAGAGUGAGGGAGAGAAUAUUUGCACAAGAUUCAGUUUGCUCCCAGGAAAACCUUUUUGUGGAAAACAGUAGGCUCUUGGAAGACAAUAGUAUAUGCAGUGACACCCAUAAGAAAAGACAGCUAUUUAGGGGUAACAGAGAUAGCAUGGGGAAGGCAUCUGGCAGUCGGCAAAGCAGCACAGAGAAUGAAUUGAAAUGGACAGACCACCAGAGGCCAUGGAGCAGCACAGACUCAGACAGCUCAAAUCGCAAUUUGAAGCCAGCCAUAACAAAGACAGCAAGUUUUGGUGGUAUAACUGUUCUGACAAGAGGAGAUAGUUCAUCAAGUAACAGGAGUACCGGCAAACUGUCUAAAACAGGUAGUUCAGAGUCUUCCAGCAGCGCUGGCUCCUCAGGAUCCCUGUCACGAACGCAUCAGCCUCUACAAGGUGCAUCCAUUGUUGCUGGCAUGUCAGCAAAUUCUUCAGGCAGCGUUUCCUAUACAGAGAAUGGGAUGAGUGGCCAGGUAGCACCAAGCAACACCAGCUAUAUCAUACUUCCACUUGAAGCUGCAGGGAUACCUCCUGGCAGUAUCCUCCUCAAUCCCCACACAGGCCAACCAUUUGUAAACCCUGAUGGUACACCUGCAAUAUACAAUCCUCCCAGUGGCCAGCAGCCAAUUAGAAGCCAGAUCGUUGGACAGUCUCAGCAGCAGCCUUCAUCCCAACAGCAACAGCAGGUUCAGCAACCACAGCAGCAAAUUGCAAGUCACCUUGUCACACAGCCUGUUCAGGCUAUGCAGCCAUCUUCCCAGUCAGUUCAAUACCCAGCAGUUUCCUAUCCUCCUCAGCAUCUCCUGCCAGUUUCUCCAACGCAGCAAUUUUCUGUGCGAGAUGACAUGACAACACAGUUUAACCAGAUGAGCUUAAGUCGUCAGUCAUCAGGAGACAACCCUGAGUCGCCUUCAGGUCCUGUCUACCCAUCGCCUAUUAUACAGCAGUCUGCCCAGCAGACUGGUUACAUCAUGGCUUCUCCAGGUCAGCAGCUUGCCCCAGGAGGAUUUACAAGUUCAGGUCCACCAGUAUCUCAACAAGUACUGCAGCCUCCACCACCACCACAGGGCUAUGUACAACAGCCACCGCCUGCUCAGAUGCCAGUGUAUUAUUACCCAUCUGGUCAAUACGCUACCUCAGCAACUCAGCAGUACAGACCCAUUGCCUCAGUUCAGUACAAUGCACAGCGGAGUCAACAAAUACCACAGACUGCACAGCAAGCAGGUUAUCAGCCUGUCUUGCCUAAUCAGCAACAAGGGUUCCAAGGACUCAUGGGAAUGCAGCAACCUCCCCAAAGUCAGAACCUGAUGAAUAAUCAACAGGGAAAUCAGGUGCAAGGCAUGAUGGUUCAGUAUCCAGCCAUGUCUUCUUAUCAGGUGCCAAUGACCCAGGGUUCUCAAGGACUGCCACAACAAUCAUAUCAACAACCAAUCAUGCUACCUAAUCAAUCAGGUCAAGGAACACUUACAGCCACUGGAAUGCCUGUUUACUGUAAUGUCAUACCUCCUACCCCACAGAACAACCUAAGGUUGAUUGCCCCACACUGCCCGUCCAAUAACGUUCCAGUUAUCUCUGCCAACUGCAGGACAAACUGUACAAGUAUUAACAGUACAGGGUGGCAGGUCAAGUACUGACACUGUGGCUUAGUGUGAUAUACAAGGAUAGCGGUGCAUUAUUUGACAAAUAACUCAUGGCCUUCAAAUGAAGAGGAACACAACAGGAUAAUCAGUUGAGGACAUACAUAUUGACAGUGCUCAAGUGAUUGCUGCUGGAAUUCUGUAAAAAAACUAAAAUAAAUUUUAAGAAAUGUUUGCUGGUUAAUGGUGCAUAUUUUUGUCAUGUCUGCUAGGUAUGCCUUUAUAGCUUAGCUAGUGACAUGAAUUCAUUGAGGUAAGAUUUUUUCCUACCACUGAACACCACUGUGUAGAUUGUAAUAUCCCUGAUUCGGAUUAGUUUUGUACUUUGUGUUGAGUUUGUGAAGCUAAAAGUAUUUAAAAAUAUAACAAAAUCACAUUGUACCAAAGCUGUAAUGGAAAUUAAGAAAAAACAAAAACAAAAAAGAAUUACUGAAUGGAAGGAAUAAUUUAUAUACACUAUAGAGUUUUUUUUAUGGAUAUAUACUGUAUUGUAGUGUUUAAUCACAAUAAAGCUAUUUGACCUCAUGGAGAAAGGUCAUGUUUCUA